AUGAUUGAAAUUAGACGCCCUCUCUCAGAAAAGAAUUUAGGUAAUAAAUCAAGUAAAGAAUUAUAAAGACCUAAUUCAUCUAAUUAGUCUAAUUUAUAAUCAAAAUACAAUUUGUAAACUAUGAAAAGCUCUGUACAAUUAUAAAAACAAAAUCAAAACUUUUAUUCUAAAUAUUUUAGUUAUAAGGAUUAAAAGGAAAACAUUGAAGUACGUUCAAAUUAAGAUAUAAAUCAAUCUGCAAAAAAUAAAUAAUCUCCUUAAGAUUAUUAAAAAUUAUAAGACAAAUUAAUCUACUUUGAGAAUAAAAUCUCCUCCAUUAAAUCUAAUAUUGAUAAUAGUUAAAGAUAAAAUAAAAAUAAUCUUGCAUCUAAAUUCUUUACUUAAAAUACAAAAAAUAAUCAAACCUCAACUUCAGUUUAAAAAACUGUACGAAUAGAUUUUACAAAUAGAGACUAAAAAGAUCAAUAAAUUCACUAAUAAUAAACUAAAGAUUAAAGAGAUUAAACACCUUUAUAAUCAAAUAAUAAAUUAAAAUCUAACACACUUAUUAAUAAUAAUUAUGAUAAUAAAAUUGAAGGUAUUAUUAUUAAAAAACCCAGUCUAUCAACUUUUGUUACAUAAGUGAAAGCUCCCUUGACUGAAAAUAAAAAUAAUUAAAAAAAUUUAAAACCUGAAUCAACUAAAGCUAGUAAUAAUAGUAUUAAAGAUAAUAUUAAAAGGAAAACAUCUUAAGAAAGAAAUAAUGAUAUUGCAUUUUUAUAUUAUUUUUCAUCAAUAAUAAAAGGUUAUAUGUAAAUAGAAAUUACAAGACCUAUUGAAUUGAUUAGAGAACAUUUAUUAUAAACAAUGUAAGCUUCAAUAUUUUAAAAAUCAGUUAAGAUUGCUAAUAAUUUUGAAGAUAAAAAGAUUAAUUUACCUUCAACUAGCAAGAAAACUAUCGUAUUUGAUUUAGAUGAAACAUUAAUUCAUUGCAAUGAAUCUAUAUAAAUAUAAGGUGAUGUAGUUUUGCCGAUAAAAUUUCCAUCUGGUGAAAUAAUUGAAGUAUAAUAUUUAAAAUAAUAAGUAUAGGCAUCAAUAAAUAUUAGACCUUAUGCUUAAUAAAUAUUAAAGACAUUAAAUAAACAUUUUGAAUUAAUUGUUUUUACUGCUUCUCAUUCUUGUUAUGCUAAUGUCGUUAUUGAUUAUUUGGAUCCAAAUAAAAAUCUUAUUAGUCAUCGAUUUUUUAGAGAUAGUUGUAUGUAAACAGAAGAAGGUGCUUACAUAAAAGAUUUAAGAGUCAUUGGAAAUAGAUCUAUGAAUAAUAUGGUUUUAAUUGAUAAUGCAGCCUAUUCAUUUUGUCUUUAACCUUUAAAUGGAAUUCCAAUUAUAAAUUAUUAUGAUAACAAGAUGGAUUAAGUAAUAUUGUAAUAUAUAUAUAUUAUAGGAAUUACUUUAUUUAUAGAAUUACCUGAUGGCUUUGAAAUCAGUAAGAGAUGUCAGAUAAUAUAAUAGUUAGAAUCUAAAGUUGGAUAAACUUUCAACAUUUUCUGA